GUGCCUGCCACCUUCCACGGGAGCCACGGAGACAGCAGCGCGUCAAGGUCCAGCUCCGACCCCCAGCCGGGGCCUCGAGCCGCCCCCGGGCCCAGUAGCCCCCAACUGCGGCCCCCUCCUCCCAGGGCCCAUCGGUACCCGCUUCCUGCUUCUCCAUCAAUGGGACCGGGCCGGUGGGAGACUCCAGUCCGGUCCCCGGGGCUCGAUGGGCCCCACCUGCUCCCUGGCUUGUCGGGAACUGGCCGGGAGAAACGACCGGCACCACGGCCCACAGCCACCUCCCGCCUUCCUGGCCAAGUGGAAUGUUUGCUUCCGAUCAAAUUCCAGCAGGCCGCCCGCCGGCCCAGUGUCCUGUCUGCUGACUCACGGAGCCCCGCACCCCACUGCUCUCGCUGGUCCCUUUGGGAUUAACUAGCGAUAGAACCUGCUCGCCUUGUUCAGCUCAGCCCUGCAACCGGUGGCCUGUCGGGCUCCGAGUCACCCGACGGAAAGACGAGCUUUCCCUGAGGAGGAGGAAGUCCAACCAGACAGUCUCUAAGGACCUCCCAGCUCCAGGACAUAGGGCUACAGUCGAUGGCUGCACACGGACAUCAGAAAUGCCUCGCGUUGUGUGUAUACCUGGUGGUGGCACAUGAGCGAGAGCAACAGCGAGAGCCCGACUGAGCAGAGCCCGAGGGACCCGGCGACAGUCAGCUGGGAAAGCCCAGACCCUGACGUGUUGGAUGAGCAGGCCCCCCUGGAAGAGUCCACUGUGUGAGAUGGUGCAGCCUAGCGGCGGCCCAGCAGGGGACCAGGACGUGCUGGGUGAAGAGUCUUCUCUGGGGAAGCCAGCCAUGCUUCACCUGCCUUCAGAGCAGGGUGCUCCUGAGACCUUCCAGCGCUGUCUGGAGGAGAAUCAAGAGCUCCGAGACGCCAUCCGCCAGAGCAACCAGAUGCUGCGGGAACGCUGCGAGGAGCUGCAGCGUUUCCAGGGCAGCCAGAGGGAGGAGAAGGCCUUCCUCAUGCAGAAGUUCCAGGAGGCCCGGGACCUGGUGGAGAGGCUGAGCCUGGAGAAGCGGGAGCUGCACCGGCAGAGGGAGCAGGCCCUGCAGGAGCUGGAGUGCCUCAAGACAUGCCAGCAGCAGAUGGCCGAGGACAAGGCCUCAGUGAAAGCCCAGGUGACAUCCUUGCUGGGGGAGCUGCAGGAGAGCCAGAGUCGCUUGGAGGCCGCCACCAAGGAGAGGCAGGUUUUGGAGGGCAGGGCCCGGGCCGCCAGCGAGCAGGCCCGGCAGCUGGAGAACGAGCGCGAGGCGCUGCAGCAGCAGCACAGCGUGCAGGUGGACCAGCUGCGCCUGCAGAACCAGAGCAUGGACGCCGCCCUGCGCAUGGAGCGCCAGGCUGCCUCGGAGGAGAAGAGGAAGCUGGCCCAGCUGCAGGUGGCCUAUCACCAGCUCUUCCAGGAGUAUGACAACCACAUCAAGAGCAGCGUGGGAUUGCAGCUGGAAGAUCUCAAGCAGCAGCUCAAGCAGGCCGAGGAGGCCCUGGUGGCCAAACAGGAGCUGAUCGACAAACUGAAGGAAGAGGCUGAACAGCACAGGGUGGUGAUGGAGACGGUCCCGGUGCUGAAAGCCCAGGCGGAUAUCUACAAGGCGGAUUUCCAGGCCGAGAGGCAGGCCCGGGAGAGGCUGGCCGAGAAGAAGGAGCUCCUGCAGGAGCAGCUGCAGCAGCUGCGGAGGGGCUACAGCAGGCUGAGGGGCGGCUGCCAGGACUCGGCCAGGAUCGAAGACAUGAGGAAGCGGCAUGUAGAGGUCUCCCAGCCCCCCUUAGCCCCGGGCCCAGCGCACCACUCCUUUCACCUGGCCCUGCCCAGCCAGCGGAGGGGCCCCCCCGAGGAGCCGCUGAACUUCUGCUGCCCCAAGUGCCAGUAUCAGGCUCCUGACAUGGACACCCUGCAGAUACACGUCAUGGAGUGCAUUGAGUAGGGCUGCCUGCUGACACCCAGCCCAGGACAGUGCAAUCUGUUGCUUUCCGCUCCUGUCUGCCUGGUCCUGAAUUAGGGGCUGGGUGACAGAGGGUGGGCCCCUUCUCUGAGCCCCGAGAGCUAGCUGCAGGGCCUUACGCUUCUGCGUCCCCGUCCACCGGUUCACCUCUUUUAGGGCACACGGAGCCCCACAGAGGCCCGAUGCUCUGCUUUUUUUUGUUCGUUCUGUCUGCUUGAACUGCUUGUCUCCGGGGUUCGCUCUUCUUCCACCUGUGCUGGGGAAGUCAAGAGCCAAGGCCAGGGCUCCCAGACAGCUGCUUCCCAGGCUGAGACGGGCAGGAGGGCCUUCGCCCCGGCUGCCUGGCACGGUGCGGCGCUGCUCUCGUGGGCCGGGUGCCGGUCCGCGGCGGCCGCACCACUGCGGAUCGAACUUGGCUGCUGCUGGUGGACGUUUGGGUUGUUACUGGUCUUUUUACUGUCAUAAACAACACCACGGUGAAAAUCCUUGUGCAUCCGUCAUAUGUACCUUUGGGUUGGAUCCCGCAGCAGCGGCACCACUGAGCGGGGGGCAGACAGUACCAGCGCUCCCCUACCCUGGGCGCGCUUUCCCGCUCCUCCCUCCCCGUAGCCCUGCCGCGAUGA